AUGGAGGGGUUAUUUCAAAGAAAGCAUAAUCAAUUGUCGUAUGAAGAAGCGGUUAUGGUUGAAAAAAACAAAAAAGAAAUAGCGUCUCGUAUUACACACGUGAUCGAUUGUGAAGCAUAUACAAGUAAGAAAAAAACAUUUCUUCGCGAAAUAUCGGUCUAUCGGGUAAAGACCGGCGAGUGUUCGUCGUUUCAAGUGUUUAUGCCGUUUAUACCGUUUAAUGAAUGUGACUAUACAAUCGACUAUCAAAUAAAGAAAAUUCACGGCUUACCGAUUGCACGUGAACGUUUAACUGAUGAUUUUUAUACAUUGAAAGAAUCAACAGCAUUUUUAACAGGUGAAUUUAUGUGUAAUGCAGAUUUAGUGGCUUAUAAAGGUGGUGAUAUUGAACGUGUUUUGUUAAAUAAUAUGGGCGUUCGUUGUAUUAAUCUUGAAAUAUUGACAUGUCCAAAAUACAUAGAUCUGUUGACCAUAUUUGGUCAAUCGCAAGAAUGUUGUCCUUAUCACCAGGGUAACCAUUACCAUUGUUCAAAACACGAGGUAAAAAUGUUUGCAAAAUUUGUGUAUUCGCUAUUGUAA